AUGUCCGACAAUAAAAGCUCCAUUCACAAAGUCCAGGCGACCGCCAUCAAGAGCUUCAAAUCUCCUCUUGGAAAGGAGGUCGUGGUGGACGAGAAUCAUGCAGACGUAGCCUUAGAGUAUGCAAGAAAGCUGGACACGAUUGAGGGGGUCACGAACGACGAAUAUAACGCUUUGAAGCGGAAAAUUGACUUCAUGAUCCUGCCACUUAUUUCUCUCAUCUAUGGAGUCCAAUACAUGGACAAGAGUACGACAUCUUUUGCGGCCAUCAUGGGCCUAAGAACCGACCUGCACAUGGUGGGACAACAAUACUCGUGGACUACCACGGCGUUCUACUUGGCGUUUCUCGCAGCAGUGUUUCCUUUGUCUAGAUGUUUGCAACGUUUCCCGCUUGUCAAGACGACCUCCGUUUGUAUCAUUCUCUGGGGAAUAGUUUUGACCUGUCACGCUGCAUGCUCGAGUUAUGCAGGAUUUAUUGUCUGCCGAAUUCUUCUGGGGUGUUUGGAGUCUGCUGUGACUCCAGGUUUUGUGCUACUCUCAGCCAAAUGGUAUCGACAGGAGGAGUCUUUUCUGAGAACAGUGGUUUACUACUCCAAUAACGGGUUUGGUACAAUACUCGGAUGUGCUAUUGCCUAUGGUUGCUACAUCCAUGCUGACUCCUACUCCAUGGAAGCAUGGAAAGUGCUCUUCAUCGUGACUGGUGUUAUGACCAUCGUCCUUGGAGGCUUGCUGAUGGUUCAUAUUCCGGAUAAUCCCCCAGAUGCUUGGUUUUUGAACGAGAGAGAAAAGAUCUUGGUUUUCCAGAGAGUCAAAGACAGCAAGCAAGGAUACGGAAACCCGGAGUGGAAAUGGUACCAAUUCAAGGAAUCUUUAAUUGAUCCCAGAACCUGGCUUGGCUUCUUCUACGCAUUUUCCUCGAACAUCCCUAAUGGAGGACUUGGAUCCUUUAUGUCAAUUUUGUUGUCAGACUCACUAGAAUACGGCGACAAGAAGAGUCUGCUCAUGAGAAUGCCCGGUGGAGCUGUUGAGACCGUCGGGCUAAUUGCGUUUGCACUUCUGGUUGGAAAAUUCCCAUACCGAAUUGGUAUCUCUUCGUUUAUCACUGUUGUCGUGAUUAUUGGAUCAUGCAUGCUGGCAUUCUCUUCGAAUGCCCACGCGCAGCUUGCAGGAUUAUAUCUGUACUCGCUGUCGCCUAUCGGAAUGAUUUGCUUUCUUUCUCUCUUCGGAUCAAAUACCCUUGGGUACUCCAAAAAGGUCACUUCGCAAGCAAUUCUUUUGAUCGGCUACUGCGUCGGAAACCUAGUUGGACCACAAACGUUUUUGAGCACCGAGGCCCCGGGAUAUCACUCAGCCAAAAUCGCAAUAGUCGUCUGCUACAUUUUCUCUCUCUUUUGCCUAUUCGCUCUGCUUGGAGUCAACUAUCUUGAUAACAAGCGCAGAGAGAAAUUGGAAAGCGAGAACCCUCUGCCGGAAAUUGAGAACCUGGAGUUCUCCGAUUUGACUGACUACGAGAUGCCAGGGUUCAGAUAUCUUUACUGA